UGAUCCAAACAGAAAAGGGGCCGCGUGUACCGUGAACUUCGUCUUCUUUCAUGUUGGAUAGUUAUUCUUCAUCUCGACAAAGGGUUCUAUUUCGAUAGUGCCUGAGAAAAAUUAUUGAAAAAGAAAUGUGAGUAAGAUAAGUAACAGUAGAAGUGAUAAAUAAAAAAAAAAGGGAGCAAUGGAUCUUUUUCGAAUGGCAAGUUGGUCAAAGAAGCCUCGAUUGGGUACUGAUUUAGCAUUGGGUUGUUCCCUGAUUGCAUUACAAAAAAAUAUGUUUUGCUGGGGAAGUUCCAUUCAUGGAGAAUUAGGACUAGGUGGUAUCGAAGAUGAACAUAUUCUUACUCCUCGUGAAGUUGAUUUUCAGAAAUCUACAGAAGUUACAUAUAUUGCAUGUGGCGAAAGUCAUACUGUAGUUAUAACACGAGGUGGAGAAUUAUAUUCUUGUGGAAAUAAUGACUUUGGGCAACUAGGACAUGAUAAAGGAAGAAAAAGGUUACGCUUGAUAUCAGGACUAGAAGCAUUUGUAUUUAAAAAGGCGGCAUGUGGAGCAUGUCACACGGUAGCUGUUAAUGAAUGGGGACAAUUAUUUAGUUGGGGAUGUAACUCUGAAGGUCAAUUAGGAUUAAAUAUAAUAAACCCUACUGAAAAUAUACCACGUAUGGUAAAAACAUUAGGAACAAAUGUAAUUGUGCAAGUAGCUUGCGGAAUAAAACAUGUACUUGCGCUUACAAAUAAUGGAGAAAUCUAUGCUUGGGGUUCAAAUACUGAAGGGCAGUUAGGCUUAGGUUCUGAUGUAAUUAAGGAAUUAAAACCAAAACUUAUAUGCAGCUUAAUUUCUUUACCUAUUGCAUUUAUUGCAUGUGGUGGUUAUCAUAGUAUAGCUAUAACUAAGUCGGGUGCUGUAUUUGGCUGGGGGAAAAAUGUAUUUGGGCAAUUGGGACUAAAUGAUACGCAAAUUAGAUAUCUUCCUUGCCAAUUAAGAACUUUACGAAAUGCCAAAGUAUGUUAUGCGGCAUGUGGAGAAGAAUUUUCUGUAUUUUUAACAAUGGAUGGUGGUGUGUUCACCUGUGGUGCAGGAAUGUAUGGUCAAUUGGGACAUGGAAGUCAUAGCAAUGAGAUUUUACCUCGACAAGUUAUGGAAUUGAUGGGCAGUACUGUUACACAAGUGUCAUGUGGUCGAAGACAUACUUUGGCAUUCGUACCUUCACAUAGAAAAAUUUAUGCUUGGGGCCUAGGUGGUGCAGGACAAUUAGGCAAUCGCAUUACUCAAAGUGUUACUACUCCUCAAGUUGUACUUGGACCAUGGGUACCUCCUAAUGGGUCAGCAAUGAUCAAACUCGACACACAGUUGAGUUCCUAUAUGAUUGAUUGCAUCGUUAAACAUAUAUUUAGUGGAGGGGAUCAUUGUUUUGCCACUGUUAUUCCAAGAGAAGAAAAUAUUGAAUCGGACGAUUGCAGAGUAAUAGAUUCUACUUCUCAGAUACUUAAUAUAUCUGAAGAACAAUUGGCAGCUUGUCAAAGAGUUCCAAAAGGAUCUUCUGUUGAUCAUGAACUUAUGAUGUAUUUAGAAACCGCUUUCAAGAGUCAAUCUUGUAUAAAUGGAUCGUUUUUAUUUAAGAACGAUGCUCAUUAUGGAUGUUCAAGUAAAAACCAUGGAGUAGAUUUGGAUAUAGCAAUUAAAUCCUUUGGAGUAAUAUCAGAAUUGUGUAACGAUACAAUUCAGGAACUCAUUUUUAAUAGCAUAACAGAUAGUCUUAUACCAUCUUUCUCAACCUCUCCACCAGACAUAGAAUCUUUGAGAGUAUAUUUAACAGUGCCUUUGUAUCAUGGUUUCGCAAAUCCUUUACAUUGGAAUGCUUUACAUCAACCAUUUUGCAAAGCUGUUAUAAAUUUAAAAUCAGAAGCUCUUAAAGUAGUAAGCUCUUGGUGGAGUAAAGCUCCGCCUUAUUACUUCGAAAGACUUGUUCGUACUCAUAAAAGUGUUGUUUUACAUAUUAUAAAGCAAUCCAAACAUGACAAGAAUGUAUCGUGGAAUGUGUUGAGCAAAUACGUCUUAGAAUUUUUAAGAUUAUUAAAUAAAUUAAAUCAUACUGCUGAAGAUAAAAUUAGGGUGCCUUAUUCCACGUUUCAUUUGCCAGAAUUAAUAGAACAUAUAGAUAUUAAAGCUGAUUAUUUUAAAUGGCUGACGGAAAAAGAUUAUUCGAAUAAUAGAAUGUAUUUCUGCGAUUAUCCUUUCCUUUUUGAUGCGCAAGCGAAAACCGUAUUAUUGGAAACAGAUCAAGCAAUACAGAUGCAAUCAGCAAUGAACGAAGCUGCAACUCGUGCUAUUACUCAAAUGCUUUUCCAUCCAUAUCCUGCUAACAGCAUGGAUGCAAGACUUCACAAUCAAUUUGUCACGUUAAAUGUUUCACGAGAAAAUAUUGUACAAGAUACUUUACUGGAAUUAUCUCAUUAUGACCCUAGCGAUUUGAAGAAACCGCUAAGAGUGAAAUUUCACGGAGAAGAAGCAGAAGACGCAGGAGGAGUUAAGAAAGAAUUUUUUAUGCUUCUUUUAAAAGAAAUCUUAGACCCAAAAUAUGGAAUGUUUAAAGAAUAUGAAGAGACUAGAACUAUUUGGUUUAGUCAAGAUUCAUUUGAAGACGAAGUUAUGUAUUCCUUAAUUGGUUUACUGUGUGGACUUGUUAUUUAUAAUUUUAUAAUAAUUGAUCUACCCUUCCCGUUGGCUUUAUACAAAAAAUUAUUACAUGAACCAGUGGGAUUGAUUGAUAUCAAAGAAAUGUCUCCAGCAGUUGCUAAAAGUUUGCAAAGUAUACUUGAUUAUGAGAAUCCAGAUUUCGAAGAGAUAUUCUGUUUAAAUUUUGAAAUAGUCAGAGAUGCUUUUGGUGAGAGAAAGAUAUAUGAAUUAAUACCAGAUGGUGGGAAAGUUCCUGUUACAUUAAAAAAUAAAAAACAAUUUGUUGACUUGUAUGUAGAUUAUAUUCUCAACAAAUCAGUAGAAUCUCAUUAUCAAGCAUUUCAUACAGGUUUUCACAAAGUGUGUGGAGGAAGAGUAUUAGAACUUUUCCAUAGUCAUGAAUUGAUGGCAGUGGUUGUUGGAAAUGAAAAUUACGAUUGGGAAGAGCUACAAAGAAAUGCAACGUAUAAAGAAGGGUACUCAGCAAAUGAUCCUACAAUUAACUUAUUUUGGCAAGUAUUUCAUGAGCUACCUUUGGAAGAAAAAAAGAAAUUUUUACUUUUCUUAACUGGAAGUGACAGAAUACCUAUACAGGGUAUGAAAGCAAUUAAGAUAAUAAUACAACCGAUGAGCGAUGAACGUAUGUUGCCCGUUGCACAUACAUGCUUUAAUGUGCUUGAUCUCCCACGUUACCAAACUCGCGAAAGAUUACGCUAUAAAUUAUUACAAGCUAUUCAACAAACUCAAGGCUUUUCGCUGGUGUGAACACAUAAAAGAUUAUUUUUGUAUUGUAAUAUAUUAUUAUAUUUUUUGCAAACUAAUUAUUACUAUUUUUUUUUUUUUUAAAUGAUGUAAAAUAGAAAAUCACUAUGAUGAUGUAAUUCUUCAUUGAUGUAAGUGCAUGUUCAAUUGACAAUUGUCGUCAUUUGUUCAUGCAUCGAAUUAAAGCAGAUAGUUUAAUUGCGUCUUGUUA